UCCCGAUCCCGAUCCCGCCCUGCGCUGGCGCUGCCCCUGCGCCCGGGAAGGGGGGGCCGCGGGGCCGCUGGGAAGGGCCGGUCCCAGCCCCGCCGUAGAUGUGUCCGGGCCCCCAGGAGCAGGUAAGGGCAGCCCGGCUGGCGCUGGGGCCGGGCGCCGCUCCGGAGCCGCUUUCCAGAGGGCGGCACGGCACCGGGAGCGGCGCCAUGCGCCGGUGCGGCGGCCGGAGGAGAAUUCCUGCUCCAGGGCCCGGGCCGAGAGCCGGGGGCUUCCCUCCCGCUGCGGCGGGCCGCGCUUGGCCAGUGCCCGGCUGUGCUGAGUGCCCGUAGUCACACCACGGCACAUCUCCCCCUGAAACAGCGAUUCUCCUCGCACCUGGUCCUGAUGUUUCUCACCAGCAAAUCUCUCACUUGAGUUCUCAGGCACUGUCAGAUUAUCAGGAGUGAAGCUCCCCAGCGCUCCCCAGCAAUGGCAGGGAAAAAAGUCCUGAUAGUCUAUGCACAUCAAGAGCCCAAGUCCUUCAAUGGAUCUUUGCUGAAGAUUGCUGUGGAAGAGCUGACCAAGCAGGGCUGCAGCGUCACUGUGUCGGAUUUAUACGCCAUGCAGUUUGAGCCCAGAGCAACAAGGAAGGACAUUGUUGGUCACCUGCACAACUCAGAAGCAUUCAAUUAUGGGGUGGAAACCUGGGAAGCUUACAAGAGAGGAAGUUUGUCCAAAGACCUGGUUGAAGAGCAGAAGAAAGUGCAGGAAGCAGACCUGCUGAUUUUUCAGUUCCCCUUGUUUUGGUUCAGCAUGCCUGCAAUCCUGAAGGGCUGGAUGGACAGAGUCUUGGUCCAAGGCUUUGCUUACGAUUUGUCAAAGGUUUAUGAUGGUGGUUUGCUCCAGGACAAAUUAUCCUUGUUUUCUUUCACUACGGGAGGAAGCAAAGAGAAGUAUGCAAUCCGAGGUGAUAUUCGCUAUCUUCUAUGGCCCAUGCAGCAUGGAAUCAUGCACUUCUGUGGUGUCAAAGUCCUUGAACCUCACAUCUGUUAUGCUCCAGAGAAUGUCUCUGAGGAGAAGAGGAAGGAGAUGCUGGCUGCCUGGACCCAGCGUCUGAAGUCUCUUUGGAAGGAAGAACCCAUAGACUGCUCUCCUGAGUGGUAUUUCAAGUAGUGUUAAGGUGCAAGACUACAGAGUGAAGAUUUUCUUUUUCUCCAUUUUUUUGAUGCUCUAUCUAAAUACCUGAACACUAAUUUCCUGAUUCAAAUAUAUUUUAAGAAUCUUGAAUACUACAUCUAUCAGUUUAACU